ACCCAGGCAGCAGUGAUCGAAAGGGAGGAUUUGAUCGCAACCUUGAACUGAGCACACCUCCCAACCUUUUACUGAGGGCAGGAUGUUGGCACGAAUGCCGUUGCUGGUUGGCUUGCUGUGCCACGUGAUGUUCCGGGAGGCGGUGACCUCACCGAUGGAGGCGGAGAUCAGGUCGGCGUUCUCUGCGGCCCGCACCAGCAGCAUGGUGGGGGGGCCCCACAUGGCGGUCACCUUCGACAAGGUCUACGUGAACAUCGGGCACGACUUCGACCCCAGCACCGGCCUGUUCACCUGCCGCGUGCCCGGGGCCUAUUACUUCUCCUUCACGGUGGGUAAGUUCCCCAGGAAGAGCCUGUCGGUGAUGCUGAUGAAGAACAGGAGGGAGGUGCAGGUCAUUGUCUACGAUGAGCACCAUCGGCAGGAGAGGAAAGUGCGGAGCCAGAGUGCCAUGCUGCAGCUGGAACAUGGUGAUACCGUCUGGCUGCGUUUACACGGUGACCCCAAGUAUGCCCUCUACAGCAACGCAGGGCCCUACACUACCUUCAACGGCUACCUCAUCUACCCCGAGACCCCCUCCUCCUCCUCCUCCUCCUCCUCUUCCUCCGAGACAGCUGACAUCUCCGGGCAGUCCACAGCCCCUCGCCAACAGAAGGCCUGGCACCACAGCACGGAGGGAGGCAAUAGCCUGGAGCUAGGCCUGGCCCCCCUGCCAGGCCGGGAGCAGCUGACCGCCGGGUCGGGCAAGCAGCGGGAUCCACGUUCGGCCUUCUCUGCUGCUCGGAGCCAGAGCCUGCUGGGAGAGGACGGAGACAAGUACAAGAGGCAGGCCGUGCCCUUUGACACCGAGUUUGUCAACAUCGGCGGAGAUUUCAACACGUCCCUGGGCGUCUUCACUUGCCGCGUGUCUGGGGCCUAUUACUUCUCCUUCAACAUCGGCAAGCUGCCUUACAAGACCAUGUCGGUCAAGCUGAUGAAGAACGACGACGAGGUGCAGGCCAUGGUAUACGAUGACAGUCGUUCCAAACGGAGAGAGAUGCAGAGUCAGAGCGUAAUGCUCUCCCUAACCGAAGGGGACCACAUCUGGCUCUACAGCUACCAGCACGAAGGCUACGGGGCCUACAGUAACCACGGCAAAUACAUCACCUUCACCGGCUUCCUCGUCUACCCCGACCAGCAGGUGGCCGGCUGUCAGGCAGAGCCCCCAAAUAAACUGUGACCACCGGCUUCGACUCGGAUCAGCUGGAAC